AUAUUGGUAUUAUAGCAAUUUUCAUUUUAUAUCCUUGAUUGAGUAAAUGUUUGUGUUUCAUUAAGUGCUCAACACAAAUUGAGCAAAGAACUGUUGAGGUUUUAUUAGUUUUGUGUUCAUUGUUAACGGGAUUUUGCGCACAUGGAUGAAGACGAUUUUGAUGAUUUUGACGAGGAAGAUUCUCUACUUGGAUCAAAUGAAAGGCAAGGAGAAGAGGUGGAACCAUGGAACAGUUUUCAAAUAAUCCAUAGAAAACCUGCCAGUGGGUCGACAGUGGAAACCAAAUUCAUCGAUAAUGGAACCAUAUUUUUGAAAAUUGCCACCAUCUUUGGGGUGGGAUUGGUCGUACUCCUAACAGCGGUCACAUCGAAAGGACUGUUGCUUUUCAUGACAUCGCAGGUGAAGAAAAACGUGACCAGGCAAUAUUGCAACCGCGGUUUAGAUGCAUCUCGUCAGUACGUGUUUUCCAUGCCCGAUGUUGAAAGAUCUACGUGGAUCUGGCUGUUGAUAUUCGCCUAUUGCGUCCCUGAAGUUGGAACCUUCAUCAGAUCCCUCAGAAUUCUAGUCUUCAAAUCCAGAUCCUACCCGCAUCCUGCAGAGUUUCUCGCUCUGCUAGUCACAGAGUCUCUACCAGCCAUCGGAAGCAGCUUGUUGGUUUUCAACGUCUUACCUGAGAUAGAUGUGAUCAGAGGUGCAAUGCUUACUAACGCCAUGUCCGUUGUUCCUGGCCUUGAGUUGAUUUUGUUCAACAUGUACUCGACCAAGAGGAGCGUCAGUAUGGCCUUGGUGGCCGAUAUCGCUGCUCUGAUCGCUCAAGUGUCAGCUUUUGUAGCGUGGCCUUUGCUGGCAGAUGGCGACUCAACUAUUUGGCUCAUUCCGGUUUCCACAAUUCUAAUCUCUUUCGGCUGGUGGGAGAACUUCAUUUCGGAAACUUCUGCGAUCGAAUUUGUCAGAAACAUGGCCAAGUCCAGAAAGAGUUUUCCAAAUAGCAAGUAUUUCUCCUAUGCCAUUAUCUCCAUACUGAAAUGUUGCAUCUUCUUCGCAACCACUGUGGCCAGUCUUUACAUCAGGGAAGGAACCAUUGGGUAUAUGUUUAACAACUUUACUGCCACAUUCGGAAACCAUCGCAUGAUGGUCACUGAGGUAAUACCAACGAUCAGCGGAAUAAGCAAUGGAGUGGAUGACGCUGUGAGUUCAGGAGUAACUCAGCCGAUCUACAGCGAUAUAACUCUCCAACUCAGCAUAUGGUUCGUGUGCAUUGCUACAGCGUACAUAUGCUACGCUUUUGCCAAGUUUUCCUGCAAAAUAAUGAUCCAAGGAGCAAGCUUCGCUUUUCCCAUCGGACUAGUAGUUCCAGUCCUCAUCACCGGCUUGGUGAUUUUUUGUGGAUAUUUUGCGAAGGACGAAUGUGCCUUUCACGGCUCCAUUCCAUCCUAUCUAUUCUUCAACGCCCCGCCUUUGACAUAUUUGAACGAUUUCAUUGGCCAUCAGUACGCUUGGGUGUGGCUGCUUUGGCUAGUUUCACAAAUUUGGAUUACCAGACACAUCUGGUCGAACAAGAACUCCAAACUGGCUACAACUGAGCAGAUUUUUAUGAGACCGAUGUAUCAUGGAAUUCUCAUCGAUCAAUCGAUCGCGAUGAAUCGACGGAAUGUUGCCCACCAGUUGAGGAAAGAUGAUGAAGCAACAUAGAUGUGGAUAAGAUAACGCGAAUUUUCGCGUGUGCAACCAUGUGGCACGAAACUCCCGAAGAAAUGAUGGAGUUUUUGAAGUCGAUAUUCAGAAUGGACGAAGAUCAAGCGGCCCAUCGAAUUGUUAAGCAAUAUCUGCAGUAUCCAAUAGAGGGUUACUACGAGUGGGAAACUCAUAUUUUCUUUGAUGAUGCUUUCUGGAGAAAAUCGGCAGAUGAUAACGACCCAGAGCUCAAUACCUACGUGAAAGAUCUAAUUGCUACCUUGGGAGAAGCAGCUAAUGAGGUUCAUAAAACCACAGUAAGAAUUCGUCCUCCAAUAAUUUACUCAACUCCAUAUGGGGGUCGCUUGGUUUGGACCCUGCCAGGAAAAACCAAAGUCAUCGCCCACCUGAAAGACAAAGCCAAGAUCAGAGCCAAGAAAAGAUGGUCUCAGGUCAUGUACAUGUACUAUCUUCUGGGACACAAAAUAGUGGACAAUGACGAAUAUGACGAAACCAGAGUAGCCAAUCGGUCGAAAAACACCUUCCUGCUGGCUCUGGAUGGUGACAUAGAUUUCCAACCGGAUGCUGUUCAUUUGCUGAUCCAAUACAUGAAGAAGAAUGAUAAUUUAGGGGCGGCGUGUGGGCGAAUUCAUCCUGUAGGAUCGGGAGCAAUGGCUUGGUACCAAAUAUUUGAGUACGCGGUUGGACAUUGGAUGCAAAAAGCCACUGAGCACGUCAUAGGGUGUGUUCUUUGCUCACCUGGAUGCUUUUCGUUGUUCAGAGCUGGGGCUCUUAUGGACCAUAACGUGAUGGCCAGAUACACAACAAGAGCCACUGAAGCGAGACAUUACGUCCAAUACGAUCAAGGUGAAGACAGAUGGCUUUGCACGCUUCUUCUACAGCGAGGCUACAGGGUGGAAUACUCAGCAGCUUCAGACGCCUACACUCAUUGCCCGGAAGGGUUCAACGAGUUCUACAACCAGAGGAGAAGAUGGAUGCCUUCCACCAUGGCCAAUAUUCUGGAUCUGCUGGAGGAUUCCGAUCACAUCAAGGAAGUGAACGAUGACAUAUCAACGCCCUAUAUUUGGUACCAGAUGAUCUUGAUGGUGGGAACGGUGAUCGGCCCAGGGACGAUUUUCCUUAUGUUGGUAGGAGCUUUCGUGACAGUGUUCAACAUGUCCCAAUAUAGCGCCUUAUGGUGCAACGUGGCUCCUAUUUUGCUCUACGUGCUGGUUUCCCUGACGUGUGAGUCCAAAACCCAGCUGCUAGUGGCGGCAAUACUCAGCGCCGGUUAUGGCCUGGUGAUGAUGAUGGUGUUCAUUGGAGUCGCUAUGCAGAUCAAUGAAGAUGGAAUUUUGGCCCCUUCGUCCCUAUUUUUCUUCCUCAUGAUGGGCGAGUACAUUAUAGCUGCCUUGGUUCAUCCGAAGGAGUUCUACUGCUUGAAAUAUGGCGUCAUCUACCUGAUGACUGUGCCCAGCAUGUACAUGUUGUUGGUCAUCUACUCAGUCUUCAACAUGAACAAUGUCAGUUGGGGAACCAGGGAAGUGACUGUGGCGCCCAAAGCGGUGCCCGGCGAGCCAAAGAAGCCCGAGAAGAAAAAAGCCUCCAUGGUGGUAGAAACUUUGCAUAAAGUGAGGGACUUUUUCAUGUCGUGCAGCAGUGAUCCGAAACAUUUGCUCAUGAUUAAUGAUUCCCUGAUGGCAAUACGGGAAAAAGUGGACCAUAUCGACCAAAAAGUGCUGGAUUUGGAGACGAUUACUUUGGAUCCUGAUGCGGAACGCCCGAGAAAAUCCACUUGGAAAUCAGGAACGACAAUGUUGGAAGGGACCAAACCAUCCAAGAUGUCCGUCCAUUCUCGACCCUCAGCUUUAAGGAAGAAAUCCACUCUGGAUAAACAUGGAGGAAUUUACCCCAAUAGUUCAUUGGUGGAUGAGGAAUCCGACGAUGAUGAUUCACUUGAUACGCUCUCCGAUGACUUGCAAAAUAACAACUGGCUGUACAGCGACGAACUCAUCAGAGGCCACGUUACGUUCUUGGAGAAGAAAGAGGAGCUCUUCUGGAAGAAGCUGCUUGAUGCCUACUUGCACCCAGUUGAAGAUGAUAAGGAGAAAGUUGCACGGGACCUUAAAGACUUGAGAGACCGAAUGGCGAUGAGCUUCUUCUUCAUCAACAUCAUCUUCGUUGUGGUGGUGUUUCUACUUACGAUCAAGAAGGAAAUUUUGCACUUGCAGUGGCCCUUCAAUCCCAAAGUGAACUUCACCUACUCCAGUGCUCUGAAUGUGAACGAAAUAAUCAUCCAAAAGACAUACUUGGAACUGGAGCCAAUUGGAUUCGUGUUUCUAAUAUUCUUCUUUCUGCUGAUGGGAAUCCAGUUUUUCGGGAUGCUGGUGCAUCGAUUCGGGACUUUUUCACAAAUCAUGGCAAACACUGACGUGGAGUUUGGAAAAACUAAGAUCGAGAAUAUGACUGAAGAUGAGCUGCUGAGGCGCGACCCGCUGAAAACGUUCAAGAAACUGAUCAAACUCAAAGGAGUGAAUGGAGAUGACGAAAAAGAGGAAGAUGUGGAUGCUCACGUGUCUAGACGAAAAACGGUGGCAGACCUGGCGAAGAACAAAGACAAAAAACGAGCAAUUAUCAACGAUCUGGAUUCAGCGUUCCAGGCUAGAAUGGCAAAGAUCAGAAAUGGGGAAGAAACUGAUGUGGCGGUUCCCAGGAAAACCCUUCAAGCAAUACAUCGCCGAAGAAGCACAGUGAUGAAUAUAAGAAAAUCCCAAUUGCGCCCCUUCAACCCGAAUGCGUUCCGCAGUUUCCCAGAAAAUAUUCCACAGGACAAUUCCUCCAUAGUCUAUCAAUAUGAUAAUCCAACUUUUGAUGGGACGGUUGAUGAGUCCACUGGCUGAUUAUGUGAAUUUUUUUAAAGCUGAAUAAAAUUUCUAGGUUCUAAAUACAA